UCAAUCGAACAUCGAACGUCGCACGAACUUUUUUUACCAAAUUUAUCUUCAAUUUUUAUCCCAGUUCUUUCGCUAACGUCCAAUUGAUUAUGUCCAGGAGUGACAGUGAAGGUAGUGUGGAGACUGACAGAGCUCGCGUUCGCAGUGUCGUUCAGAGGCCAAAGGCAACCAGAAAGUCUAGGAAAGAGUACAGUAGAUCAAGAUCAAGAUCACGAUCCAGAUCCCCUAUCAAUACUAAAAGAGAUGAAUCUUACAAUGAUGGGUAUGGUAAUGAAAAAAACUCCAGAAGAAGAAGAUAUGAUGAUCGGGAUGACUACAAAUAUGAUGACGAAGAGAUGUCAAGGAGAAGAACAAAAUAUAAUGAUCAGGAUGACUACAAAUAUAGACAUGAUAAGAGAAGACGGAGAUCGUAUAGUUCUGGCGAUGAAGAUAGAAACCAAACCAGAGACAGAGAGUCAGAAGAUGAUAGGAAAAAAGCCAGUGAAAAAGAAAAAAAUGGAAAUGAAGAGGGUAUAAAUGAUCAAAAGGGAGAAACAGGAACAGAAAAAAGAAAAACUGAAGAUACAAAGAAAAAGGAAAAUAACCCAUUGUUGAUGAGAACAGGUGGUGCUUAUAUUCCUCCUGCAAGAUUGAAGAUGAUGCAAGAAAGUAUCACAGAUAAAAGCAGUGAAGCCUAUCAGAGGAUAAGCUGGGAAGCACUGAAAAAGAGCAUCAAUGGUUUGAUCAACAAGGUCAACACUUCUAAUCUUGGCUUCAUCGUGAGGGAACUCUUUCAGGAAAACAUUGUUAGAGGAAGAGGUUUACUAGCACAGUCCAUCAUCAGAGCACAGUUUGCUUCACCUACAUUCACCCAUGUCUAUGCAGCAUUAGUUUCUAUUAUCAAUACUAAGUUUCCAAAAAAUGGAGAGCUGAUCUUAAGAAGAUUGAUUCUACAAUUCAGAAGGGCCUUUAGAAGAAAUGAUAAAGCUGUGUGCUUAAACACAUCAAGGUUCAUAGCACAUCUGGUCAAUCAACAAGUUGCACAUGAAAUCCUUGCUCUUGAAGUGUUGACACUGCUGCUCCACAAACCCACUGAUGACAGUGUAGAAGUUGGUAUUGGUUUUCUCAAAGAAUGUGGUAUGAAGCUGACUGAGGUGUCACCAAGAGGUGUUCAUGCUGUGUUUGAGAGACUUCGAAGCAUCCUUCAUAGCGGAGAGAUUGAUCGCAGGGUGGAGUAUAUGAUUGAGGUCAUGUUUGCUAUCAGAAAAGAUGGAUUCAAGGACCACGUUGCUAUACCAGAAGGAUUGGAUCUGGUGGAAGAAGAGGACCAGAUAACUCAUCUGCUGAGGCUGGAAGAAAGUGGAACGGCUGAAGAUAUCCUCAAUAUCUUCAAGAUGGAUCCAAACUUUCUUGAAAAUGAAGAGAAAUACAAGGAAAUAAAAAAAGAAAUACUUGGAGAAAGUGAUGAUGAUGACUCUGAUGAUGAUGAUGAGGACGAUGAUGAUGAUGAUGAUGACGAAGAUGAAGAUGAAGAAGGAAAUAAAGAUGAAGAAAAGAUGAAUAUCAUCGAUCAUACAGAGACGAACUUGGUCGCUUUGAGAAGAACAAUCUACCUUACUAUCCAAUCAAGUUUGGAUUAUGAAGAAUGUGCUCACAAGCUCCUCAAAAUGAACUUACAACCUGAGCAAGUGCCUGAAUUCUGUGUAAUGGUCAUCGACUGUUGUGCUCAACAAAGAUCCUACGAGAAGUUCUUUGGAUUACUUGCACAGAGAUUUUGCACACUGAAAAAAGAAUACGUCGAUGAGUACGUCAAACUUUUUAAAGAACAGUACGAAAGUAUUCAUCGAUUAGAGACAAACAAGCUGAGAAAUGUUGCCAAGUUUUUUGGCCACCUUCUCUUUACUGAUGCCAUACCAUGGACGGUUCUGGAGUGUAUACACCUGAAUGAAGACGAAACCACAUCCUCAAGUCGAGUUUUUAUCAAAAUCUUAUUUCAAGAAUUAGCCGAGUACAUGGGUAUGCCAAAACUGAACGAGCGACUCAAAGAUCCUUUCCUGGUCGUUUAUUUUGAAGGUCUCUUCCCACGUGACAACCCAAGAAACACGCGCUUCUCGAUCAACUUUUUCACUUCAAUUGGCCUGGGUGGUGUAACAGAUGAGCUUCGUGAACAUUUAAAAAAUGCCCCAAAAAUGAUCAUGGCACAGAAGCAUACUGAAGCAAGCGACAGCGAUUCUUCGUCCAGCGGUGACUCUUCUGAUGAGUCAAGCAGCGAAGAGAGCUCCAGCGAAGAAAGUUCAAGUGAAUCAGAAGACUCCGAGGAAGAAAGAAGAAGAAGAAGAAAACAGAAAAGCCGACGCAAGAAAGAAGCCACGCCGCCAAAAAAGCACAAAAGAAAGACACGUAAAUAGACUCAGUUUGUGGCUGUUGUCGUAGAUGGUCACCCUGUGUUAAAGGUCCAAGAUAGGCAGAAAAUUUGUCCGAUACCUUUUUUCGCGGGAAAACUUUUCACUUGUCUUUUUGUGAUCCAAGGAACUUGUUGGGAUCCCAAACCCUUCUAUUCUUACAUGUAUAAACUUUUCAUAAAAAGUUUUUUCCUUUGUAAAUAGCUCUGUCCGUGGUUUGUAAUAUUAUACUAAUGAUUAAAGACCAUGAGAACCAUGUGACAAGUCUAUA